CGAUCCCAUCGAAUCAUUUUGGAUCAAACGGUUACAUAAAUGCAUCAUUCCUCAACCGACUCAAAAAGGCCAAAACAAUUUUAAUUCAGAUGAAAAGAAUAAUAUCUGUCUUCCUAAAGAAAGCAACUAUGGCGGGAUUGUAAACUCUAGUUUAACAAUACUUCCCAUCAUAACAAACACGCUUCAAUUUUCGCAUCUGAAAUGGGUAUUGACCCUGAAAAUCCAAACCAAAUUUGACCCUGAAAAUCUAAACCAAAUUCUUUUUUAUUCAGUGAUCCUAAAUCCCUUUUGCUUUGUUUUAAAUGCAAGGACGACUUGAUCAUGGAUUACUUCAAGAACGGAGAUGAAAUUGAGAUCAGCAGCAAUGAGGAGGGCUUCCGGGGUUCAUGGUACUCUGGAACUUUGAUCAAGAAGGUGAAAAAACAAAAGGUUUUGGUGGAGUACAAGACAAUAUUGGCUAAUGAAUUGGGACAGAAGAAGCUUAGGGAGGAGUUGGACGUGGUGCUAGUGAGGCCGCCGCCGCCCCGGGAGAGUCACUGCCGGUUUAAGUUGAGCGACGAAGUCGAUGCUUAUAUUCAGGAUGGAUGGUGGGAAGGCGUCAUCACAGAGGUUUUAGAGGAUGGGAGGUUUGCGGUGUAUUUCAGGGCUAACGGAGAGCAAACAAAGUUUUGGCCGUCGGAACUCCGGCUCCACCGUGAAUGGGUGGACUACCAGAGGUGGGUUCCACCGCUGCAACCGGAAGAAGUUGCUGAAGAUAAGUCUACACCAGAAAACCUGAAGCCUGUGAAAGAGACAGUUCAAUUGAAUUUUAACCAAGGAGCACAAGUGGAAGUUAGAUCGGAUGAGGAGGGUUUUGAAGGAGCUUGGCUUUCUGCGACCAUCCUGCGGCGGCUAAAGAAAGAGAAGUACAUGGUGCAAUACCAGAACUUUAGAAAUGACAAGAACACGGAAUUAUUGACAGAAGAGGCUGAUGGUCGAAAUAUACGACCCCAACCACCAAAGACUGAGUAUGUUGACUGUUUCAAAGUUCUCCAGAAAGUAGAUGCCCUUUACAAAGAUUGUUGGUGGACAGGAAUGAUUUCCAAAGUUCUCAGGGGUAAAAAGUAUGUUGUCUAUUUCCAUGAAACCCAAGAGAAAAUGGAGUUUAAGCAUGGUGACUUGAGGCAGCACCAGGACUGGAUUGAUGGAAAAUGGAUCAUUCCUUCCUAGGUACUGCAUACAGUGAUUGAUUUCCUAGAUAAUUAAGUUCCACUACUACCUCUUUAUUACUCUUUCUUUUUUCAUUUGAGAUUUUCUUUUUCUAAGUUGUAAUUCAUUUUGAAUCAACAACUGGAUUUCUUUUCCAGGAUCGGAAGAUGCAAGAGCGAGUGGGAGGAGGGCAGAAGUUUUGGUAAUUUAGGAGUGAAUGAGAAUAGAAUGCAAUUAUUAGUGCAUAAUACAUACUAAAAAGCUACCGUUAUAGUGUUAUACAACAUAUAUGUUUCUCCAUGUGUACCAAAAAAUUAGUCAACUUUCUUGAACUAAAAUAAUACAGCUACGUGAUUUUAGUUCAACAAAGUGGACUAUUUAUUUGGAACAGAGGGAAUCGUUUUCUAAGGCAUUGGAUUGAAAAUAAGAUGUAUUUGUUUUUACACGUUUGGGUCCAUGAGACGAGAUCUUGUGUUAUAUUGGAGCAUAGUAUGUAGUGAAAAUACUGUUAAGAGUUAAUUGAACAAGUUCACAGAAGACUGAAAUAUGCAUCUUAUCUGGAUCUACUUGUUUGACACUGAUUUUUGAUUAAUGAGAUGAGAGUGUCAAAUUAGGACCAACAGUGAUGAUCUGAGAGUGGUUUUUAUACAUGAUAUGUAUUGGUACGUUGAAAUUGUGGCAGAAAUUCUCAUUUGUAACCCUUGCAAUCCACAGA